AUGGUGCCACUUGAUGAUGCACUACCGGACGAACAUGUGUACGCAGUUAGAAUUUGUGUACAGGAGCACCCGGUCCAGACAAGGGAACCUGCUCUGACACUAAGAGCACCUGCUCUAGAGGAGUGUUGUGGUGCUACUUCCAAGGAAAUUGUUCCGAGUUUUUCGUGGUUUGGAGAGAUAGCGAACUACCUUGCUGCUGACCUGGAACCAUCGAUCGAUCCGUGA